UCAGAAGUGUGUAUUGGAGAAACACCAUAUGCUAAUAAUUAGUUUUAUUGCGAACAAUGCGUACAAACGUCUAUUUUAUUUUUGAAAUAGUGUUUUUCUUUAGAAAUGUUAGUGGGAUUUGUAACAAAGUAGGGCCUACAAAACCGCGCUCUGGAAAUAAAGACGUGUGUCUACGUGGGUUUGAGUAUUUUACUUUCAAAUCACCUAAGCUAGAAAUAUGCGAAGUUCAAUGUCUGAGCAACAAAUUAUGCAAGUCGGUAAACUUUCACGAGACAAAGAAAAUAUGUGCGCUAAACAACGAAUCGGAGCGUACAGUUGGUCGGCACAACUUCCAAAUAUGUCCAGGUGCAAUCAAUGUCGACGUAAUGGAGAUGGAAGGAAUGCAGGGGUACUUGGGCAAGUGUAUGAAUCAUAACUGCCCCACAGAGACCGUUUGUGUGCCGGCACAAAGUGGAACCAAGACACGAUACUCCUGUCUAAAACAAGAUAGUUGCAAAAAUGCCAAGUUCUGCCCUGUACCAUCUGAUGCAGAUAUGUAUUUACAACCAAGUAACAUAGUAGAACCGAUUUGCAAUGGUAUAACAAUUAUCGAUGGUGGUCCAGUAACGCUGAAGUCACCGGAUAAAGAUGGCGAUGGUUACUAUGACAACUUGGUCGAUUGCGUGUGGAAGUCCGAGGUCUCUUCUGGCCAUAUCAAGAUCACAACGCAAGCUUUUAAAUUAGAAUGGAAAAUCGACUGUGGUUACGAUUGGCUUACGAUACGUGAUAACGGGACCGAACAUGGACCCUUCUGUGGAACUACGAUAAUGUCAGAGCUCACCAGUAUUUCCUUGGAUUUGGAAGUGGUCUUCCGCACAGACAUCAAUUCUGUAAGCACAGGGUUUUCAUUUACUGUUGAAAAUGUUUAGAUAUAUGAUACUUUAAUGGACAAUUGCCUUACUGACUUACUGGCAGAAGUGCAUAUUUUAUCUAACUUUCUCUACAUCUGGCGGCUGUUCAAGUAUGACGUCGGUUAUUUAUAUGUUCCUUUGGAUUCCUUAUACAUCUUCAUUCGGAACACCUCGCUCGGCCAUCUCCAUCAUACGACGAGCCCAGGAUGUAUGCCGGUGCACAAGUAGAAGUAGUUUAUAUAACUCUUAAUAAUUAUAUUAUUAAUUUAUAGUAGUGUUUUAUUUACUUUGUUCAAAAUGAUUACCAGUGAAGUGUACUAUUGCAUACCACAUUUAGAUCUAUAAGAGUAAAGUCCAAAGGCUUAAUUGCUAAAUUGAAAUUACUAUGCGAUGUACUUGCAGCGAAGUUAAAUGUAAAUAAUUCUGACAAACCGUCCAAAACAUCACAGGUGUUUUUCGAAGAAAAUGACAGAGGUCCGUCUAUUGAUUUAUCACUAAGCUAUAAUUAUCACCGUCAUGAUAAAUCGAUAAAUCUAGUAACCGCAAAAUAUAUAAAAUUGUAGAAUGGGCUUUUUUGGAACGCGUUUAAUUUAUAAUUUAAAAGGCAAAUUACGCUAUAAAUAUAUGAUCACAGAAAGUAUAGUUUGUAUUCAUAAUUUCAUUGUAAAGCUCGAUUGAGGUGAGCGAGACAAAGUUGUCACAAUGGCGGUUCCUUGUAUGUGUGUUCUUUCGUCCGGACUAAACUUUGUCCAGGCUGAAUGUUGCCCACGCGUUAUGGAAUUUUUAAAACAAACUUGCCAUGAACGUUUACUAUGGUGAGGUGUGUCGCUGACAAGACCCUAGUCUGAUUUCAAAGAUCAAUGACGAAAUCAAGGUCAAAUGUUGAAAUUAUCCUUGCCCGCACUGUAUUUUGGCCAUACAUUAUAUAUUAUUUCAAAACACUUGCCAUGGUGGAUCCCCAUGAUGAGGUGUUUUGUCGCGCACUGGUCUUAAUGUCAAGGUUAAAUGUUGAAAUGUUCCUUGUGCGGGCUGCAUCGUGACCAUGCAUUAAAGGAUUUGCAAAACUCUUCCAUACAUAGCCACAAGGAAGAGCACUAUAUCUAUGUCAAAGGCUCCUUCAACGGGCUCGACAUGUUACCAUUAAGUAUGUGGUUGUAGCCAUUACUUACAUUGAUACCAAGUGUAAAUGUUCUUUGCUGUUGAUCUUAGACAAAUAAGUAAACAAAUUGCCAAUGAAAUACACUAUAACUCACUAUUCAAUAGUGUUUAUGUCUGCUUUAUGUAAUGUUAUUUAUACUGAGCUUUGUUACAUUUACUCACUUUACAUAGAGUUAAAUCAUAGUUAUAAACAGGGUCGCCUUUUUAUUACUACAUACAUGUUUUGAUAUAUUAUUUCGUUUCGUUAAAACACCUGCUUUUAACGUAAACAGUUUUAAAACCACAAUUAUGUCAAUAGAGAAUUUCUGAGACAAGCCCGUUUUUGUAUAUAAAUAUACGAACGUAAAGAUAUAUAUAUAUAUAUACUAAGGGCAUAAAGGUGACCGUAUAUAUUUUACAGCAUUAAGGGGACAAUUUGUUUAUAUUUUAUCUGAUACUUUAUAUUGCUUUUUUGUUAAUAAUCUAGUACUGAAAUGAUCAUUAAUUAUGUGUACAAGCUUUAGGCUUUUAAAAUUAAUAAACAUACAAUAUAC